AUGUUACCUAGGAGAGUUUGCAGGUCAUUCCUGUAUGUCGUGGCCCUAUUGUUUGUGGCAGUGGUGCUACUACUUCUAGCUAACAAGCACCAAAUUGUCAAUCUCAACCAAUACGUGCCAUAUGAUUUGUUUGCCAGUACGGCACCAUCAUUUUUCCAGCCACCAUCGGACCAAUUUCUUCUUGAUAUAUCCAUCAACAGCUGUGCUUUCUACAACUCCAAAAACCCAAACUGUGGGAAACCUGGACCACGGGAAGGGCAAUUUGGCGACAUAACGGAAUACGAAGGGGGUUGGCUUAGGUUGAAGAAAGAUUUAUGCCUCGGAAAGUCUUGGGUUAAGAAAGAGGUGUUGUCGGUGAAAGAGAUAAACCAUGUCAAUUUUCAAAAAGUGUUGAGCAAGUUUCAGUUACCAGACGAGGUAAUUGUUGAUAUUGCUGUGCAGGAUGUGGAAGGGGACUCCAAGAUCAAAGGGAAUAAACUCAAAUUGCCAAAGUACGUCAUAGAAGAUUAUCAUAAACAAAAAACAUACGAUGGUGCUACUCAGGACAACUUGAUUGAACAGAACAAGGAUGAAGUACUUGAUGGAUCCACUCCUGACUCCUCAAAAGCUAGCCAUAAGAUACAAGAAAUGAUCUAUCCAGAGACAGGGGAAGCCAGUGGUAAAGGCGAUUCCACAAAUGACGCAGAUGACAAUGAUGAAAAGCACAACAAGAGAGGAAAAACUGCUCACCAAAAUGACUUAACUCGGGUGUAUUACAUUCCCACAAAGGACGAGUUGACAAAACUCGGAUGGCGGUACAAGUCGCAUGGAAUUUGGCUCAAGUAUGGUCCGCAUAACAGCAAAGACGCUAUCACUGCUGUCGAUAUUUUGUUUGGACUAGACGCAGUCGACCCCAGACCCAAUUGGAGCUUGGUAAAACAGCCAGUUCGUGGUGUUUGCAGUUCAGCUGGAAUCCCGCCAUUCAUAACUUAUCGUCGUGGUCCCAAACUUGACUAUAAAAAGGAAUAUAAAAAGCCGUUGGUCAUAAAUGAGAAUGCCGAGUUUAAAAUUCUCCAGGUUGCCGAUUUGCAUUUCUCCACUGGAUUUGGUAAAUGCCUCAACCCGGAACCUGUCUCAUCUGCUUCUGGCUGUCAAGCGGAUCCCCGAACAUUGGAAUUCGUGAACAAGGUUCUCGAUAUUGAACAACCAGAUUUUGUUGUGUUAACAGGGGAUCAGAUAUUCGGGUCAGCAGCUCCUGAUUCAGAAACGGCUGUCUUUAAAGCAUUGAAUCCGUUUAUUGAGCGCAAAAUUCCCUUUGCUGUUGUGUUGGGAAACCAUGACGCUGAGGGGUCUUUGCUGGCUAAAGAGUUGAUGGGAUUGUAUUCUGAUCUUCCAUAUAGUGUUGCCGCAAUGGGGCCCGAAUCAGUAGAUGGGUAUGGAAAUUACAUAGCCACAGUACAAGGGAAAUCAAAGUCAUCAGUGGCAUUGUCGUUUUACUUUGUCGAUUCACAUGCUUACAGUGAGAAUAAGAAAGUGUUUCCCGGAUAUGACUGGAUCAAAGAGAAUCAAUUAAUUUACAUGAAAGAGGAAGCAGAGUCUAUUAAAGAUGGUGUUGCUGAAUUUCAAAAGGAGAAGUUCACCGAAAAUGGCGAGUCAAAAAACAAGAUUCAUUUGUCAAUGGCGUUUUUCCAUAUUCCACUUCCAGAAUACAAAAAGCUCAAUCAGCCCACAAUUGGCCAACAAAGGGAAGGAGUUAUUUCUCCAAUGUACAACUCUGGAGCCCGUGACGCAUUUCACGAUAUUGGUGUGAAGGCAAUAAGCGUGGGACAUGAUCAUUGCAACGACUAUUGCUUAUUGGAUGAAGAACAGUCGCCCAAUGACGAUAACAAAAUAUGGUUGUGCUAUGGUGGUGGUUCUGGUUUGGGUGGAUACGGCGGGUAUGGCGGUUACAUUAGAAGAAUGCGGACGUUUGUUUUGAACACAGCCAAAGGCGAGAUCAAAUCUUGGAAAAGGGCAGAGAAUGAGCCUGAGAAAAAAAUUGAUGAGCAAGUGUUGGUAUCUGGUAGGAAUGUCGUGAACUGGAAAUGA